GGACGGCCUCAACGCCACACAACUUAAGGUCUCAGAUAAUUUGCACGCGUGCCUAGUUCCAUUUCCAAAUCAUCCUCCACCUUCGAUCUCUUCUAUCUAGAGACAUGGACGUUCCUACAUUGGUUCUUCCGGAGGACGAGGGCUCGGCCCAGACUUCUAGUACGUCCACUGCAACAACGCCAAACCACCAGGACUCCGGAAAUGUUGUUACUGGCGCUGGAAACACCACCGAAUAUGCCACCAAUUCCGUCGAUAAAGCGAUCGCUAUGUUAUUACCGUCUCAGCGUGGCCCCGAAGGAUAUUUCCAUGACACGAUCCCCUCCUUCGCUUCAAGCUCGACUUCGCCAAGCGUUUUGCCGGUAGCGACCGAGCCUCCUGAUUUCCCAGAACCUGCCUCGGUCGACGAUUUUCUCUUCGAACUUGAUGAGGGAAUCGAGCCCUCACUCGAGCCUCCUCUGCCCGAUGACACAUCUUCUACAACGCUUCGUGACCAACUUAACGUCCCAUUUUCCGGGUCAACACCCACUUUAUCCGAUGGUUCAUCCACAAUCGCCCCAUCUUUUACAUCUUCUGCAUCGUUCACAUCGUCUUUAAGGAAGAAAGUUGCAAGCAUUGCGUCGGCAGGCGCUUUCCUCGCCGAAUGCUUGGACUCGAAGCCAUAUCGAAUCUUUUCUGUCCGAACGUUCUGCGAAAGUUUAUUCAACAGUCGUCGUGCUGCAAAUGCCAGGAUUGUGUCCGUUCGACGAUAUGGCGAUCUUCAAGGGGUGCCGCAUCGAUUUCUCAUCCUGCAUGUCACUCGAGCCGACGGAAGGGAAUUCUAUCUUCGGUUGGAUCGCAGACGGGACCACAAAGUCCCGUUGUGGUUGUUUGGAGUACGGGAUUUGGGAACGUCACACGCGAUAGAUACGGCUGCUGUUUCUGGCAGACUCGACCACCUUCUUGAUUUCACCAACACCAAGUCCGGCGUAGAGGCUGUCAUGGUCUUCCCUACUCCUGCUCCUUUGAUCGCGGCUGCGCAAAUUCUGUAUGCUGUUGCAGCGGAAUCUCCUGGUUACAAGCUAACCAAAGAAAACUGUUGGUUUUUCGCUUCCAUCAUUCAGGAAAUGUUGAUGCGGAUGUUUGGGGCGAAGUAUGAGAAAGGGCUUCUUAACCAUCCCACAAUCGGUGCUAAGAGACGAAACCCCAUCAAAGUUUUGACAUAUCCGCACAUUGCGAAAGAAAUUAAUGACAAUUCAGAGACAAUUCUAAAAUUCUCUCGUUUAAUCGCAGACUCAACGUUGGCGAAGACUGUUAAGUCCGUCCUUGACGCUAUAAAACAUCACCAUGAGUCUGCAUAUCAGAGGUUUUCCCCACCCAAUGCAUUUCAAGUCCUCUCGUCCAUCCAAGGAAUCCACGCUGCGCUGCAGCAGGCGUUACACGAACACCUCCAUGGAUGUUAUGGGAUUCAAGGUGCACGGAUAUUCGCAAACAGUUUCGCCGAUGAAUUGAGUCAGAUGCUCCCGUCCCCGGAACAACCUCAAGAAGAUGAUAUCAUCACUUCGAUAUCAUCUAUCAUAGGCUUCUUGGAUUCAUCGCUGCAGGAGGGUCUUACACUGCAUCGGCGUUCCUCAGUUACCUAUGAUUCGCUCAAAGAUGACCUGGUUCCAUUUUUUGAGCUCUCCCCGCGGAAAGACAUGGUACUUUUUGCAUUGAAGCUGCUUGGGCGAUGUGCAGUGCUGGAUCGGUUGCCAACGCUAUGGCAUUUCCAAGUAGAUGCAGAAAUUCCUGAUUUCCAACCGGAGUUUGAGAGGCUGAUGACGACGCAGCUGAAGUUUGUGUGCCGUCAUUGGAUUACUCUCCUUUGUAAGUCGGGCAAGUCCCAGGACGAUGAAAUAAUGAAGGCCCUUUCCGGCACUGUCCCAGCCCUUCUCCACUGGAUUGCGGCAAUGGGAAUCAUGGGUGAAAUUGACCAAGCGUGCCAAGGCAUGAAAGAACUACAGCGAUGGCUAGUACGUCAAAAAUUACUUGGAUACUAGCGUAUGGCUCACUUUGGCGUUUUGAAGGUCGGCAUUCAAGCAGUCAAUAGUAUAAGUCACGUAAUUCGUGACCU